AUGCCCGUGGUUCUACAGUCCACCAUCAAUCUGCUGGAAACCGAACUGGCCAAGGCUAGGGCCGCUCUCAAAGAUAUCCAAUCAGACGCCGCCCCCGCAUUGGUGCACGGAGAUGAGAUCGCCGUAGGUGCCGUGGCGGCCUACCGUCAGAAUCUCAUCGGUCGAGCCCCCGAGUUCUUUUACGGCUCUCGUCGAUUGUCCCCCAAGGAAGUGGGUUUGGUUCCGGUCGUUCGAGAAGUGUUGCCAGAUGAGGAUGAUACCGCAGCCCAAGAGCUGUGUGGACACGGCGUCGGCACUAUCUCCCGCAGACAGACCUCUCUGGUCGAUGUUCUGUCCAACAGUCUGAUUCUGGAUCAUAUGGCACCCUAUCUAUCGGUCUCGUCCCUAUUCGCUUUGGCGUCAACGUCACGUUGCCUUCAAGCCACCAUCCUGGAAACGCCCUACGUAUUCCGCCACCUCGACCUGACCCAAUCUCGCGGCGCCUACAUUCCUGACAAGGGCGCAAUUGACUCCCCCGAGGGCGAAGAAAUAACCGAGGACGACUUUUAUUCGGCCCCUUUGAGGCGUGUAUUCACAAAUUUAGAACACAGGUCGAUUUUGCAAGAUGUGCGCACCUUGGUUCUGGAUGGUCUUACAGUCCCUGCCGAUUUGGUGGCUGAUAUUAUCUUGACCGAACGCUUCAACGUUAACGUUCUAUCCAUAAGAGAGUGUCGUCACCUGAACGAGCGCAAGUUAAUGCAGGUGCUACAAUAUGCCGUCCGACCCUCGCGUCCCCGGGGUACCCCACGCAUCAAGGGCAUCUAUCAUUUCACCCCCAUGAAUCAUGCUCGGGCCAUGGUGCGGAGCAAGUAUCGUGAUUGGUGGAGUUCACGAUGCGCUGGCCAAGCGCUCCGUGGCGCAACGGCUACAGAGAAAGCCGACUCGCCUCCCCACGACCAGCAACCGGAGAGUCCGCAGUACUGCCAAAACGCAUGGUAUCGUCCGUCAGGGAGACUGUUCCAGCGAAGCAUCGAGGAUGGUUGGGCACAGACCAUUCAACGAUGUGAGGGUAUUAUUGCUUUUGAUGCGGUACUGUGUCGAGGGCCUCGACACGGCCCUGAGCUCUCUGGCACACCCUCGAUCGAAGAACAGGGUGUGUCUCACGGAGCAGAUCGACCAGUAGGACGGGAACCGGCAAUUGCUACCAUUGCCUUGGACCCCGACGGGUGUGACGGGUGUCAAAAAAUAUCUCCUGAAGGACCAGCAAUCUGGGGUCGAUCUCCGCCCGAACGAUUCCCGCUGCUCACCCCGCCUCCUCUUCAUUCAUCGUCAAUUGCGGCGGCAAAGCGCCCUGCGCUUUUCCCGGACGAGCACCCCUCUAUGGUUGCCCGCUGCGCGGACUGCAUGAAUAAUCGGUGGUGUCAUUGUUGCAAUAAGUGGUUUUGUACCAGCUGUCUACCGCAUCCUGAGCGUGUGGGUAGUAACCUGUCUCCACACCAGACGGCGGUGCGCAGUCGAGGCAACAGCCAUCUGUCCCAGGAAUCAAGAAGGACCGGACCCGGCGUGAGCAAAGACUGCUGGGAAUGUGGGCCGACCAAUGCCAACGGACGUGCCAGAGCUGUCGGGGAGAGUAUUGUAUUGAGCACAACGAAGGAUGUUCUUCGACGAUGUGCGACUGGUGUAACACAAGCACACGCCAUCGAUUGA